CGCGGGCGCUAGACGCUCUCCCCUCCGCUGUCCCGGCAGCGCGGGUCCAGGAGGAGGAGGCGCCGCGCCCGGCCGGCCCCGCCCCGGGCCCUCCUCCCGCGCUCGCCCGGCCCUUCCCACCAGCGCCCAGAGCUCCGUGGCCGCGGCCGAGUGGGAGCCGAACGCGCUGGGCGCGGCCGUCCCGCUGCCGCUGCCGCUGCCGGCGCGUGAGAGCCCGGACGCCCCGCGGCCAUGGUCCCCGCGGCGGCCCCCGGCGCCUGAGCCCCCGCACGCGGGCACCGGAGGCGGCGGCCGGCUGUGCGGGCGCGACGGAGAGGCCGACAGGAGGUGAGCCCUGUGGGCGAUGGGAUGGAUGAGGUGGAGCAGGACCAGCAUGAGGCCCGACUCAAGGAGCUGUUUGACAGUUUUGACACGACGGGCACUGGGUCCCUGGGACAGGAGGAACUCACCGACCUUUGCCACAUGCUGAGCUUGGAGGAGGUGGCCCCAGUGCUGCAAGAGACGCUGCUUCAGGACAACCUCUUGGGCAGGGUGCAUUUUGACCAGUUUAAGGAAGCGUUAAUACUUAUCUUGUCCAGAACGCUAUCAAAUAAAGAACACUUCCAGGAGCCAGCAUCUGUGGGUGUCAGCUGCCAGCAAGUAGCUCGGGUGUCUGGGCCGAUCCUGAAUACUCACAGGCUGACACACUCUCUUCUGAUAAAAGACUGCUCCCUGGAAGCUCAGCCCAAAUAUGUCAGAGGCGGGAAGCGUUACGGACGAAGGUCCUUACCGGAGUUUCAAGAAUCCGUGGAGGAGUUCGCGGAGGUGACCGUGAUUGAGCCCCUCGAGGAAGAAGAAGAAGAAGAGGCAAGGUCUUCACACAUCCCGGCCGAUGAGCAGCAUGAGCCCUGGAAGACGCAGCCCAGUGAGGAGUACGAAGCAGAAGGCCAGCUAAGAUUUUGGAACCCAGAUGACUUGAAUGCCUCCCAAAGUGGGCCUGCCCCUGCCCAGGACUGGAUAGAGGAGAAACUGCAGGAGGUUUGUGAAGAUUUGGGGAUUACUCGGGAUGGUCACCUGAACCGGAAGAAGCUAGCCUCCCUCUGUGAGCAGUACGGUCUGCAGAAUGUCGAUGGAGAGGCGCUGGAGGAAGUCUUCCAUAACCUUGAUCCUGAUGGCACAAUGAGUGUAGAAGACUUUUUCUAUGGCUUGUACAAAAAUGGGAAAUCCCUUACACCGUCAGCGUCUACUCCGUAUAGACAGUUGAAAAGGCACCUCUCCAUGCAGUCUUUUGAUGAGAGUGGACGACGCACUACAGCCCCUUUGGUGAUGACGAGUACCACUGCCUUUCGGGUCUUCUCCUGCCUGGAUGAUGGACUGGGCUACGCAUCAGUGGACAGAAUACUUGACACCUGGCAGGAAGAGGGCAUUGAGAACAGCCAGGAGAUCCUGAAGGCCUUGGAUUUUAGCCUCAAUGGAAACGUCAACUUGACAGAGUUGACACUGGCUCUGGAAAAUGAACUUCUGGUCACCAAGAACAGCAUCCACCAGGCGGCUCUGGCCAGCUUCAAAGCUGAGAUCCGGCAUUUGCUGGAGCGUGUUGACCAAGUGGUCAGAGAAAAAGAGAAGCUACGGUUAGACCUGGACAAAGCCGAGAAGCUCAAGUCUCUGAUGGCCUCAGAGGUGGACGAUCAUCAUGCGGCCAUAGAGCGACGGAAUGAGUACAACCUCAGGAAACUGGAUGAAGAGUACAAGGAACGCAUAGCAGCCUUAAAGAACGAACUCCGAAAGGAGAGGGAGCAGAUCAUGCAGCAGGUGGGCAAGCAGCGCUUGGAACUGGAGCAGGAAAUUGAAAAGGCAAAAACAGAAGAGAACUACAUCCGGGACCGCCUUGCCCUCUCUUUAAAGGAAAACAGUCGACUAGAAAAUGAGCUGCUGGAAAAUUCGGAGAAGCUGGCUGAGUAUGAGAAGCUGACAAACAGACUUCAGCGAAAUUUGGAAAAUGUGUUAGCAGAAAAGUUUGGUGACCUUGACCCCAGCAGUGCUGAAUUCUUCCUGCAAGAAGAGAGGCUGACACAGAUGAGGAAUGAAUAUGAGCAGCAGUGCAGGGUAUUACAAGACCAAGUGGAUGAACUCCAGUCUGAGCUGGAAGAAUAUCGCACACAAGGCAAAGUUUCCAGACUUCCCUUGAAGGACACAUUGUCAGAAGAACUUGGUGUUAACAGCGGUUGCCUUGAGCCUGACCAGGGGCUUGGUUCUGAAGAUUGCAAUCCACUGAAUAUGAGCCUCGAGGCAGAGCUGGUCAUCGAACAGAUGAAAGAACAUCAUCAGAGGGACUUGUGUCACCUAAGACUGGAGCUUGAAGAUAAAGUGCACCAUUACGAAAAGCAGCUCGACGAAGCCAAGGCUGCCUGUGAAAAGGAGCAGGAGACCAUGAGGCAAAGGUAUGAGAAUGAAGUGCACGUCCUGGAGAAACAAAUAAGCGACCUUAACCAUGAAAUCGCAGAACUCCGAGGCCAGGCGGUGGUGCUCCAGGAGGCACAACAUACAACCAGCAGCAAACACGAGGAGGAGAAGAAGCAGCUGCAGCUGAGGUGGGACGAGGAGAAGUCCCUCCUGCAGGAGACGCUGAGGCUGGAACAUGAAGCCGAGCUCAAGGACAGACUGGGGCAGGCGGAGGAGAGCUUCGCCCGAGAGAGGGAGGGCCUUCUUCACGGCCCUGCCUGGACAGAAGAGAAGGUGAGGGGCUUGACUCAGGAGCUGGAGCAGUUCCACCAGGAGCAGCUGAGAAGCCUAGCGGAGAGGCACGCCCUCGAGAAGGAGGAGCUGCGGAAAGAGCUCUCGGAGAAACACCAAAGGGACCUGCAGGAAGAAAGGGGGAGAGUGGAGACUGAGUGUACUAGAAGAACCUGUCAGAUAGAAGCCCAGUUUCGGGCCGAGUGUCAGACGGUCACAGAGAGGUGUGAGAGCGCGCUGCAGGGCCUGGAGAGGCACCUGCGCCGCGAGCUGGCGGAGCUGCGGGAGCAGCAGCGCGAGGAGCGGGCCCAGUGGCAGUUCGAGAAGGACGAGCUGGCGCAGGAGGGCGCCGAGGCCCAGGAGCGGCUGCAGGAGGCGCUGCGGAGAGAGGCGGCCACGGCCCUGGUCCUGACCCAGGAGAGGGAGGUGCUGGAGAAGACGUACAAAGAGCACCUCGGUGGCGUGGUUGCUGAGAGAGAGCAGCUGCUCAAAGACCUGGAAGACCUGAGAGAGGCGUCCGGAAGGCAGCAAAGCCUCCUGUCCAGCCAGCUCCUGGAGCUGCAGCGCGCUCACCAGAGAGAGCGGGAGGACCGCGAGCAGGCCCUGCGCCAGGCGGGCGCCUCGGAGCAGCUGGCCAGCCAGCGGCUGGAGAGGCUGCAGGCAGAACGUGACCAGGAGAGGCAGGACAUGAUGUCCAAGCUCUUGGCCCUGGAGGGCGUCCACAGGGCGACCUGCGAGAACGCAGAUCGGGAGCGGGCGGAGCUGAGCGCGGAGAUCGCCCGGCUUCAGGAUAAGAUUAAGGAGCUGCAGCAGGUGGCAUCGCCUCCCUCCGGGCCUCCGAAUGGCGGCCAGGACGCGGGAGGGGAGGAGGCCGAGGGAAGCAGCGGAGCCCUGUCCCUGCUCCAGCAAGGAGAGCAGCUGCUGGAGGAGAACGGAGAUGUCCUCCUGAGCCUGCAGAGAGCGCACGAGCAGGCCGUGAAGGAAAACGUGCGGAUGGCCGCCGAAAUCUCCAGACUGCAGCAGAGGCUGCAGAAGCUGGAGCCAGGGUCCGUCGCGUCCUCUUGCUUCGAGGAGGCCACCGGCGGGCUCUUUGGAAAUUCUGUGGAACCAACCGAACCGUGUAAACACCGAGGCAAGCGGGCAGGAGGCGUCCCGAGCGACCUGCCAGGCGACGAGGCCCGGGAUCGGGGGAGCACGGGGACGAGCUCUGUUCGGAGACGGGAGGAGGCCCGAGCAGAGGCGUCCGAGGCGUCCCUGGGGAGUUUUUCCGAGCUGGAGAACAGCGACGAGACCCGGACGGAGACCUGGGACCUGAAGAGUCAGGUCUCUCAGCUUCGGGAACAGCUAACGGCCUUGCGCGCAGACUGCGAUCGAGCCUCCGAGAAGAAGCAGGAGCUGCUCUUGGACGUGUCCGUGCUGAAGAAGAAGCUGGGCGUGCUGGAGAGGAUCGCCGAGGCCUCUCCCCCGUGCAGGCGGCUGUACGAGGACGCGGGCAGGGACCACGACCGUCUGCUGGAGGAGCUGCGGGCGCUGGAGGCGCACUACGAGGAGGCCCUGGAGAACAACAAGGAGCUGGCCGCCGAGGUCUUCCGGCUGCAGGACGAGCUGAGGAGGGCGGAAGAAGUGGCCGAGACCUUCCUCAGCCUGGAGAAGGGCUACGACGAGGUCCAGAGGGAAAACGAGGAGCUGCACGUCGUGGUGCUGAGGCUGGAAAGCAUGAUCGAGAGGCUGCAGGAAGGGGCAGGGCUCCGGUGCGGCUGCUCCUCCCUGUGGGAAGCCCCGUUGGAGGACCCGGCCCCCAAGCCCGGGCCCGGCGGGAAGGUACUUGCGCUCCAUCAGACUCUGGAAGCACCUUCCCCAAAGGCUUUAAACGUAUGCCGGGUUAUAGAAGAACACUAUCGAGAAAACCAGUACCUGGAGCAGGAGGACACCCAGAUCCUGGGGACAGUCCAAGCCCGCGAAAUCGCCUGGCUGCACAGAACAGUCCAGACCCGCGGAGAAAAGCCCGGAGAACAGAGCCAGGUGAUCAUCGAGGAAAACACCACCCUCCUCGGCCUCCAGCACAGACACGUCCAGCGCCAGGCCGUGAUAGCGGAGCUAGAGCUGGAGAAACAAAGGCUGCAGGAGCUGACUAGGAAGUUGAGGGAGAGAGUCGCUGAUUUAGUGAAGCAGAGAGAUGCCUCCGCUCAAGGAGGGAAGGAGGAAGAGCUGAAGGCCAUGAUGCACGACCUGCAGGUCACGUGCAGUGAGAUGCAGCAGAAGGUGGAGCUCCUGAGAUACGAAUCUGAGAAGCUUCAAGAAGAAAAUUCUAUUUUGAGAAAUGAAAUUACUACUCUAAGUGAAGAAGAUAGCAUUUCUAACCUGCAGUUGGAGAAAUUAAAUGGAUCUCAGGAAGAAAUGUGGCAAAAUAUAGAAACUAUAAAACAGGAAAAAGCCACAGUUCAGCAGAUGGUCGAAGAUUUAAAGAAACAGAUUUCAGAAUUAAAAACCAAAAACCAACAGUUGGAUUUGGAGAAGACGGAACUUAGCCAAAAGAACUCUCAAAAUCAGAGAGAACUGCAAGAGCUUAAUCAACGUCUGGCGGAAGCGCUGAGCCAGGAGAAGGAGCCAGGGUGCGGGGUGGUGGAGGAGUGGGAAGAGGAGAGGUCUGCUCUGGAGGAGGAGCUGGAGUGCUGCAAAGUGCAGUCCUCCACUUUAGUGUCUUCUUUGGAGGCAGAACUCUCUGAAGUGAAAAUACAGAUGCACAGAGUGGAACAGGAAAACCUCCUUCUCAAAGGUGAACUGGAGAAAACGAAGCAGUUGCGCAGAUGUCCCGAUCUCUCUGACUUACAGCAAAAAAUUUCUAGUGUUCUCAGCUACAAUGAAAAACUGCAGAAAGAAAAGGAAGCUCUGAGCGAAGAAUUGAACAGCUGCGUUGAUAAGUUGGCAAAAUCCAGUCAUCUAGAGCGCAGAAUUGCUGCUAUAAAGCAAGAACAGAAGUCUUGGGAACAGCAGAGUGAAAGCUUGAAGUUGCAACUAGCGGCUUCCCAGGAAAAGGUUCAGAGUUUAGAGGACACACUACAGAACGUAAACCUGCAGAUGUCCCGGAUCAAAUCCGACCUCCGAGUGACUCAGCAGGAAAAGGAGGCUUUGAAACAAGAAGUGAUGUCUUUACGUAAGCAACUUCAGAAUGCUGGUGACAAGAACUGGGCCCCAGCAGUGGCCCCCCACCCAUCAGGAUUCCACAACCAGCAGCAGCGGCUAUCGUGGGACAAGUUGGAUCAUCUAAGGAAUGAGGAACAGCAGCUGCUUUGGCAAGAGAACGAGAGACUCCAAACGGUGGUGCAGAACACCAAAGCAGAGCUCACCCACUCCCGGGAGAAGGUCCGUCAGCUGGAAUCCAGCCUUCUUCCCCCCAUGCACCAAACACAGGUAAAUGCAUCAGGUGCUGUGAAGGCCACAGAGCAGGAGAAGCUGAGCUUGAAAAGAGACUGUGAACAGUUUCAAAAGGAAAGAUCUCCUGCAAACAGGAAGGUCAGUCAAAUGAAUUCCCUUGAACGAGAAUUAGAAACAAUUCAUUUGGAAACUGAAGGCCUGAAUAUGAAACAAGUAAAACUGGAUGAGCAGCUAAUGGAGAUGCAGCACCCGAGGUCCACUGUGAUGCUUAGCCCACCCCCUCACGCACUGGAUCUGCAGCUUCUCCAGCAGCAAGCCUGUCCCAUGGUGCCCAGGGAGCAGUUUCUGCAGCUCCAACACCAGCUGCUGCAGGCGGAAAGGAUAAGCCAGCGCCUGCAGGAGGAACCUGAAAACAGAACCUCUGAAACCAACACACCACAGGAAAACCAGGAACUAAUGAUAACUGCCAUGGAGGAACGAAUGAUGGAAGUUGAACAGAAGUUGAAAUUGGUGAAAAGGCUUCUUCAGGAGAAAGUAAAUCAGCUCAAAGAACAACUCUGCAAGAAUACUACAGCAGAUGCAAUGGUGAAGGAUUUGUAUGUUGAAAAUGCCCAGUUGUUGAAAGCUCUGGAAAUGACUGAACAGCGACAAAAAACAGCCGAGAAGAAAAAUUACCUCUUGGAAGAGAAGAUUGCCAGCCUCAGUAAUAUAGUCAGGAAUCUGACACCAGCACCAUUGACUUCUACCCCUCCCUUGAGGUCAUAGCAAAGCCAAAGGAUACACUCAUGUUUGUGCACUUUACUGAAAUGGAUGGAACAUUUCAGUGGGUUCUCUCAACAUUUUAUCCUUUUUUUUUUUUUUUUUUUUUUAAAUACUAGAGGCCCGAUGCACAAAGGUUUGUGCAAGAGUAGGCCUUCCUUAUCCCAGCUGCCAGCACUGGCUUCCUUCUGGCACCCGGGACCCGGGCAGCUUCCCUCCGGCCACCCUCAAGCACCUGGUACCCGGGGAUCGGAGCUUCACUUCAGCCUGGCUUCAUCCAGCUGGAUGUCCAAUCUAAUUAGCAUAUUGCCCUUUUAUUAUUUAUAGAUAAGAAACAAUUAAUGGCUUCAAGAUAAGCCUAACCUAAAACUUCUAGCAACAAAAUUGGAGUUUCCAUUCAUUGUAACAGACUUUAAUGGGAGUUGCAAACAAAUAUUCACAUAUUUCAUUGUUUGAAGUGUUCUCAAGUCUUGAAUUUUUAAAUAUUUUAUUAGCCACCAAGAAGGUAAAUAUUAACAGCAAUUUAAGAACCUUAAAACUCCAGUUUUUAAUGAGUUUUAAAAAAAUAAUUAUUAAAUUCCAGAUAUUUUUAAGUUUGAGAUCUAAUUAAUUUUGUUGUUUUGAUCUUUAUUUGAAGGCAAGUAUAUGCCUUCUUAAUAUUUAAAUAUGGGAAAGUCCUUCUGUUUCAUUCUUUGAAUGAAUUGGUAGACUUUCUGCUUGGUAACAGAAACUGGGCUCAAUUACCACUGAGGUCAGAAAAGCCAGCGUUCAUAGAGCUUUACCUUCUACCACGUGUGACAGUGUUAUCACUCUUGCUGUGUUAUAGAUAUAAAACUGAUUUACCCAACUGCACUGUUAACUAAUGUUAAAACUUUACUUUCUUUAAACAGUCUUUUUCUCUCCUUCUUGUAAGCUUCAUUCGGGAGCUUGUCUAAAAAACAAACAAAAAAAUGGAUAAGGCCAUGUCCUUAAAGCAUUUGACCUACAGGAAGGCACUGGACAAACCACUGGGAAAACAGCCAGAUAAGCACACCAUGUGGGUUUCAGUCUCUCCAAAGUCUUGUCUUGGAAUUCAUGAGAUUACAUAUGGGGUUGCCUCAAGAACUCAGGGAAUAAUACUUUAAACUGUCUUUUUGAAAAAACAUAGGUCCUCUUUACAAAUUUAAAAUGUAUAAAGCAUGUGAACAUAUUUAUUUGUCUUACGUUAAGAGCCAUAGUGGGAUUUUUAUUUCUAUACUUCAGUAAAUAUAAUAUUCUUGGGGGAAAAGGCCUUGGUUUUAAUUUAUAGAGUAAUUAUUAUUUACUUGUUUGUUCCACACUUCCUACUCCUCUACACCUCAAAUAUGAUAAGAAUUUCUUCCUGUGAUAAGCAUUGGCAUACUCUCUGAGGUAAAGAGGUGCCAAAUAGGAUUUCCCACUCAGUCUCAAGACUAGAACUUGUAGAACAGUAAACAUUGUAGACUGGAUAGCUUUUUGCCCCCCAAGUAAAAGCUAUGUGGUAGCCGACAUCAGCCAGCAGUUGGUGGAAGACUUUAUUAGCUGUAGAACACUAACAAAGCUUAUCACAAUCACCUAUUUGUUUUUGUGGGAGAGCAAUUAGAUAAGAAAUAUUCACUUAGAUAUAUCCCUGGAAGGCCAAACCCAUUGAUUUACAAGAGGUAUAACAGCAAAAGCAGACACUGAUUUAUGGGCAGGAACAAAAGAUGAAGCCUAAGAAGUCACAUGUUAGAAACUCAAUCAUAGCACAAUUUGCUUCAAGAAACUUUAGAGUUCCUCCAGGCCUAACCACCUACCAUUAGUCCCACCUGCCAACAUGAGAGUCCUUACUACAAGAGUCUUGACAGAGUAUGGGAGUUUAUACUCAUGAAGCAAACAUUUUCAUUUUUAGACAGCUUUUAUAAGAAAAUCCUGAUUUCCUCCCGGACAAAUAAUUUUAAUCCUUCCCUACAAUUGUACCUCAAAGUAUCUGAUAUCUGCCUUCCCUCAUCUUUUUUUUCCAGGGCAAAUAUUACUACUAAAUGCAACUACUUUUACCGCAUUCAAUUUAACAGAGAAUAUUUUUCACUUUUAAAACUAUGGUUAGGCGUAGGGCCCAGUGGCUUAGGUCAUAAAUUAGUAUCUGUGGUAUGCUUAUGUGAUAUGUUUCAAGUUACUCAAAGUUAUUGCCAUCAGAAAUGAACACCAACAUAUUUCUCAAAUAGUUGCUAUAGCAUACGAUCAUCUGUGUAUUUUAAUUUUUACAUUAUGAAAAGUGUAGGUUAAUUUGUUUGUUUAUUGUAAAUCUGUAUAUGUAUAUAAAAUGCUUUACAAUGAAUGUGAAUGUGACUUUCUGGAAAGUUUUAGACUACAUUUAUGAUCCCUUUAUCCAAAAUCAAAAUGCUGCUCCAAUGAAAGUUUAUUUAACCAACAUCUAGGUGCACUCACUUUACUGCCCUUUUGAGAUUGGGGGGGAAAAAGAACAACAUGAGAAAUAUAUAGCUUCCUUAAUUGAUACAUUUGUGCAGCAAUUUAUUUUUGUAAAGUAGAUUAAAAUGGGAAUUUAACUGGCAAUUUAUAGUAUAAUUUAUAGCUUUUUAAAAGACCCUUUAAGGAGAUUAAACUGUUAAAAUGUUUAGAUUUUGCUUUUAAACUUUAUAAUAGCACCCUUUAAAAUAGCAAGUUAUGUAUUGUUUUAUAGACAUUUAUAGCUGCUUGUUUGUUAAAAGCACUUUUUCUUGACUUCCUAAGAACGGUUACUUAAAUUAAGUUCUAGAUGAUGGGCUCGUCAUUUCAAGGAAAGAGAAUCUAGUUUGCCUUUGUGAUAAUGUCACAGUGCACUAAAAGAGGGCCAUAGAACCUUAUUCUGUUUUACACUCUUCUGCUUUUUAGAAGCCUGAGCUCUUAAGCUCAAAUUUGUGAAGGAAAAAACGUAGAAGGGUAGGACCACCACAGUAUUUUAUUUAUUUUUCUAAAAUUCUUAAUAAACUCAGAUUUUAAAAACUUAAUAAACUCAGAUUUUAAAUGCAAAUCCUCCCCAGAAGCAUCAAAUGCAUUGUUUAUAUGUUUCAUCUUAAGUAUAUUUUACAUAAAUAGAUCACCAAGUCAUGUGCUUUAUUUCAGAAAUGUACCAAUACCCAGGGCAUGUGUUAUUAAUGAGGAACCUUUUUUUAAAGAAUAAAUAAGACUUUAUGGCAGAUUUUAACAUGUCGGGAUGAAUUUAUUUUUUGUGUUUUUUUUUCUUUUUUCCUGAGUGAAGGAACAAUGAAAGGUGUUGCUACUGUCAGCAUUAAAGGUAUUCCCAUCAAGGGAAGGUUCAGUGCUUUGCAAAAAUAGUAUUAAGCAAAUCUGAUUUUGAGCGGGUUACCUGGAAUGACUAUUGGAAUGAUAUAAUUAUACUAGUAAACCAAAAUCCAAGUGAAGGCCAAAUAACCAAAGCAUUCCAUAUUUAAAACUUAUUCAUUAUAUCAUGUUUGGACCUAUUUGAACAUCUCAGCCUCAAAAUUGUUUUGGUUUUAUGGCAUAUGUAUAGCUGUUUAAUAAUAAAUCCAAGUUAGUUUUUUGUUUCUCCGUUUUUCUGAGAGAUAAGUUAAAUUUAUUCUUAUGGGAAGACAUCACAGCAUGAUUUAAGGAACAUUGGUUUUGGGAAGGAAACCUGAGUUCAACUAAAGCCAUCUCUAGGAUUCUUCUCAAAUAACGGUUAAUGUGUAUAUCAACCCUGUAUAUUUCAUCUUAGCCAUUCUAUCUUAGAACAUUUUUAAUGUGAGUUUGAAAUGUAAAUAAAUAAUUUUCAAACAUG